GUUAAUUAUAUAAGUGCUAUUUGACGUGCGACAGUACCAAGCUCACCUCUCAACACGGGGAGGACUCGUGCAUGUGGACGGAACUGGUGACCACCCAUCACUCCCAAUACAUCCCACCUGCCCUCCACUGACGAGGUUGACCUCAACAUCGAAGCCGCGGCCACAGCUACCGUUCCUCGUGCUAUUAAGCUUUAGCUACCCGGUCAUGACCAUCAGGUCUCCUUCCAAGUGCUCCCAGAAUUUCGGGCCACUCGCAGACAAAUUGCCAUGACUUCGAAUGGCCACUCUCGGUUUUUAUCCUCUCCGACGGAAACAAGGCCCUUUUACGAGGAGUUGAGGGGACAGAGAGAUAACGAUACCCCCACCGGCGGCGAGUAUGGCGCAAGGGUAGACGAAGAAAACUGGAACGAAGAAUUCCACGACCAGGACCUGGAUCAUCUCAAACACCUUGAUUCCGACAAUAGCCACACUGCCUUUGCUGUCACAGCAAACGUAACGAGAGCAACUCGCGGAGUCUCGCAACAAGAAGAUGACCGUGGAGCAUAUGGCGUGAACCGGGCCCCAAAUUGGAUGAACCCAGAUAAAGAUAACGAUGGGGAUAAUGAUGUUCCGGCGUCGCUGUUGGUUGAACGUCAUGGCAACGAACAGCAGCCUAAUGCACCGAUAGGACAAAAGCAGUUUCGCCCGGGAAAGUAUUACGAUACUCUGCCUGGCCGCCUAUCACAUAAGUCUCGUGCUCGUUGGGAACCAACCCAAGAAGCUCAGCAGGGCUUGCACCAUGACGUUCCAUUACAUUCCGUCAAGUCAAAUGCAUCUUAUAAUAUUGGUCGCGGAGUCACUAGUCAUGCGAGAGAAAAGGCCUUGUGGAGAUGGACCAACGUUUCGAACCUUGACUUCUUUAUGAAGGACGUUUACGAAUAUUUCCUCGGCAGUGGCUUCCGGUGCAUUAUUUGUGAAAGAGUCUUGCACCUGGUGCAAUCGACCUUCCUCGCAGUAUUCCUGACUUUCUUGACACAAUGCAUAGAUUAUGGUCUAGUGCCUCGAAGCAAAGCGUUGUCGGAUGUCGUAAUUCCGCAAUGUACUAAGGCCAUGUCCUGGUACUGGAACCUCGGCCUCUGGCUCUUCGUGUUCUAUUUCAUCUGGAAGAUGGUUCAGUUCACAGUCGACACGCGGCGCCUGCUGAACAUACGAGACUUCUACACUUAUUUGCUCGAAAUUCCCGAGCAGGACAUGCAGACAGUUUCUUGGCAAGAUGUGGUUGCGCGAAUCAUGGCUCUUCGAGAUGCGAACCCAAGCACUGCCCUUAACAUGACGCCGGUGCAACGACAGUGGCUUCGCACACACUCCAAGGAACGGCUUGAUGCUGUGGACAUUGCUAGCCGGCUGAUGCGGAAAGACAAUUACUUCAUCGCCAUGAUCAACAAGGAUAUCUUGGACAUGACUCUUCCAAUACCGUUCAUGCCAAAACGCCAGUUCUUCUCUGGAACCCUUCAAUGGUGGAUCUAUUUCAGCAUCAUAGACUUUGUCUUUGAUCGCAGUGGUCAGGUAAACCAGGAGUUUCUCAAGUCCAGUCGCCGGAGCCUGUUGAGCCGCAAGUUGCGUGAGCGAUUCAUUGCCGCGGGGAUUCUCAACCUUCUGUGCACUCCCUUCUGGAUUGGCUACCAAACUUUUAUUCAUUUUCUGAACUACUACAAUGAAUACAGGAAGAAUUCGGCGACUUUGAGCGACAGGCGAUACACUGCCUUGGCUCGGUGGAAAUUUCGGGAAUUCAACGAACUGCCUCAUCUUUUUCAGGAGCGAGUCAACAUGUCAUAUCCAUUUGCCAGCCGCUACAUUGACCAGUUCCCUAAACGGCUCACUGAGCAAUUUGCUCGAUCAGUCAUGCUUAUGUCGGGUGCCAUCGUUUUUGUCCUCACAGUCGCUUCCUUCCUCGACAACGAGCUUUUUCUCGGCUUUGAGAUCACCAAGGAUCGAACUGCCCUCUUUUACAUCGGCGUCUUUGGUACUGUGUGGGCUCUGGCCCGGGGUAUGAUACCGGAAGAGACUACUGUUUUCGAUCCAGAGUACGCGCUCAAAGCUGUUCUCGACUUUACCCACUACAUGCCGGAUCAUUGGCACGACAAGCUUCAUAGCUUUGAUGUGAAGCAGGAAUUUUCGCAGCUCUACAAGCUUAAGGUGGUGAUUCUGCUGGAGGAAAUCACGGGCAUAUUCCUUGCCUCGAUGGUGCUUCUCUUUUCUGCGCCCAAAAGCAGCGACCAAAUCAUUGAUUUCUUCAGGGAAUUUACAAUUCAUGUUGACGGACUCGGCUAUGUCUGUUCUUUCGCCGAGUUCGAUUUCAAACAAGGCUCCGGGGCAGGCAAGCAACGGUUAGAUAAGGGGGAUGUGCGGGAAGAUUACUACUCGGCGAAACAUGGGAAGAUGGCCGCCUCGUACUACGGCUUCCUGGAGAACUACAUGGUCAAUCCCAAGACGAGCUUACCGGGAGGGCAUGUUCCUCCCGCCGUACGGCAACAGUUUCACCCGCCGCCCGCGUUCUCAGAAGUCAACCCUCCCACGCUCUCGGCGGGCAUUCAGGGCUCAGGAAUGGAGAGACGCCCACGUGCCCGGGGAGUCACGGGGGAUCGUGGUCAACUGGCCAGAGUGCCAAGGUCAGGACCAUCUAUGACGUUGUCUCCAAUGGCCUCUGUGCUUCUUGAUCCACACCACCAGCCACAUGCGGCAGGUAUCGAUGGUCAUACCAUGUAUUCCGCUCGAAGUCGUGCGGCAUUUCCUGGCGGUUCCUCGGGUAGGGGAAUCGUAGAGGAAGCAACUGAAAGUAGAAACGACGUCCAAGUGCAGACCCAGCACCACGGAGACGAAGCUGGAGGUGUCUUCGAGUGUGAGGCAACGCUUGGAGAGUCAGUAUGGCAGACUUCACCCUCCAAAACCGUGAGCCGAGAGAACAGUGGAAUCGAGUCUCUUGGCCAGGAUACUGGAGUUCUCGGGCUGAUACAUCAGCUUCAACAAGCCCAGCGAGACAAUCGAUUAGGGGGGGUAACGUAGAAUGGAUUGGCUGUUGACUUGGAAACCGUUAGAAUGUCAAUUUGUCUCGUAUUAGCUAUUGAGUAUUAUGUAGUACAUUAAGGGCCCUACUAGGGAGCCAGUACAGAUGGCUAUUUUGCUAGUAAAACGGUGGGGCCCGCCAAGCAUGAUAAGCUACGUAAGUACUAACCUAUUUUAUAUAUACAAUUAAGUACCCAAACA